CAGAAUACAGGCUGUUCAUAGAUCUCAAACGAACCAUGGACUAUCCCAUCAGUUCUUGUUUAAUCUCUCUCUUCCUCUUCUGCUUAUUCUACCAUCUUCCUUGUGCUUCAAGUAAACAAGGACUUGGAUUGUGUGAGACUCUAUUUCAGUGUGGUAACAUCACCGCAGGUUUCCCCUUCUGGGGAGGAAUUCGACCCAAAUUUUGCGGUCACGCAUCGUUGGAGCUUCACUGCAACAUCAAAAACAUUACCUCUUUAAAUAUCUCCAACCUAAACUACAAUAUCCUCCAAAUAAAUCAAACAUCUAAUACCCUUAGACUUGUCAGAGCAGACCUUUUAGGUUCUUUCUGCUCCACCACUUUCAAUUCCACAAUAUUGCCUCUCGAAAUCUCUGAGAUUUUGCCCAUCUACAAGAGCCUCACUAUUUUCUAUCUCUGCAACCCUCGUCUUCAGUACCUUUCGAGUUAUACAUGUCCUGGCAGUGGGAGAGGUCUUGUCUCAGCGUAUCAAAGCCCUAAUUAUCAUAGCUCCUGCCUAGGAAGUUUCAUAGUUAACGUUCCUACAGGUUUCUUUCCACAAGAGAAAAAGUUGAAUCUAACGUUCUUGGAAAGCGUUCUAAGAAAAGGAUUUGAGGUGAAGGUGAAGAAUGAUGAAAUACUAUGUGAAGAAUGUUCAUCCUCUACUGAUGAGCUUUAUAGACGCUGUGCUCAACCGUUUAGCUGUGGCGAUCAAGGCGGUCUCUUGUUCCCUUUCUGGAUACAUGGGAGAGAAGACUGUGGCCACCCAGACUUUAAGCUCCAUUGUAACAGCAGAUUGGCAGAACUUAACGUCUCCUUAGGGACGUUCAGAAUCUUAGAUACAGAUUAUGACUCUCGUAUUGUAAGACUUGCCAGAUCAAACUUUACCAACAUUAUCUGUCCCACAACCCCACUACAUAUGCCGUUCGAUAAAAGUGCCGUCCUUCCAUUCGCUUCUGACACCAUGAUGCUAACAAUUUAUUACCACUGCCGAGACUUAUCAUCUAGUAUUGAUGGUACUUCCGCUAACGUUGAAGGUCUUGUGUGUGGGAAUUAUGAUGAAGAUUCAACCAACUACUAUGAGAUGAGAAAUAUAACAGACGAGAAUAGUGGCGCUGUAUCUACUAACUUGAAGGAAUCUUGCAAUUCAUACGUCAGUAUACCUGUGCCUGGAUCGGCAUUGUAUACACUGCGUUCCGAGAAUAUAACGAAGACUCUUGAACAGGGUUUUGAGCUUGAACUUAAUCAAGAUUGUUCAGUGUGCUUAGAGUCUAAAGGUGCUUGUGGAUACAAUCGGACUUCAAGAGGAUUCGUUUGCUAUUGUAAAGAUGGAACCUUCGGCAUUGAUUGUAGCUCUAAAAAGAAAAUUCACGGGGCUUUAGUCAAAGCAAUUCCCAUAGUUGGGGGUGCAGUAGCAGGAGUUGUUUUGUUCCUGGUACUAUUAACAUUGUUUCUCCGUUUUCUCCGGAAGAGAGAAAAACGGCUGAGACAUCAGAAGCUGAAGGCUCUUAUUCCACUCGAACACUAUACUUACACACAAGUGAAGAGAAUUACAAAGUCAUUUGCGGAAGUGGUUGGGACAGGCGGAUUUGGAAUUGUUUAUCGAGGAACACUUCGUGAUGGCCGUAUGGUUGCGGUGAAGGUCUUGAAAGACUCAAAGGGAAAUGGUGAAGAUUUCAUCAAUGAAGUUGCUAGCAUGAGCAGAACUUCUCAUCACAACAUUGUUUCUUUGCUUGGUUUCUGCUCGGAGGGUUCUAAAAGAGCAAUUAUAUACGAGUUUUUGGGAAACGGGUCACUUGAUAAGUUCAUUUCAGGAAAGAGUACAGUGGAAAUGGAUUGGGAAUCUCUAUAUAGAAUUGCGUUAGGAGUUGCUCGUGGUCUAGAGUACUUGCACCAUGGAUGCAAGACAAGGAUUGUACAUUUUGACAUCAAACCACAAAAUGUACUCUUAGAUGACAAUUUUUGCCCCAAAGUUUCGGACUUUGGCCUCGCUAAGCUAUGCGAGAAACAAGAGAGCAUCUUGUCAUUGCUGGACACAAGAGGUACCGUAGGGUACAUUGCACCAGAGAUGAUCUCAAGAGUUUAUGGGAAUGUAUCGCACAAAUCAGAUGUCUAUAGCUACGGAAUGUUGGUUCUCGAUAUGAUUGGUGCAAGGAACAAAGAAAAUUUUAAUCAAGCCGCUUCUUCUAACACAAGUUCGAUGUACUUUCCUGAAUGGGUAUAUAAGGAUCUUGAGUUAGGCAAGUCCAAAACCAAUAUUGAGAUUGGGGUCAACAGCGAAGAGGACGAGCUAGCAAAGAAGAUGACAUUGGUGGGGUUGUGGUGUAUUCAGCCUUCCCCAACAGAUCGCCCACCGAUGAAUAGAGUUGUAGAGAUGAUGGAAGGAAGUUUGGAUGCUCUUGAAGUCCCUCCUAGGCCAGUUUUUCAAAUUCCCACAGUGUCUCUACAAGAAUCUUCAACAUUCUCAGAAGAUACCUCUACUUACACAGAAGGAUGAUCCAUGGAACCUAUCAAAGCACGCAAAUCGCAAAUGUUAUAUAUUAUUUACAUUCUAGAGGACGGCUCUGUAAAACUAGUUUACAUUACUAUGCUAAACUAUUUAGCCUUUUGUUUUACUAAUUUAAUUUCACUCGGCUUAAUUCUUGUAAAAAGCUAGAUAAUACAGUUUUCUAUUGCGAUAAAA